AGGAGCCCGUCUCCAGGGCUGCUGGGUCUGACCCACCACUGAGGCCAUGUGGUGAGGACGGACCCCAGGACUGAGUGACGGGGCCUGCGUCUCACGGCCUGUCUGCUUCCCACUGCAGAGCCCAGCUACCCCAAACCCAGCAUCUCCCUGAGCCCCAGCGGGGGGGUCUCCCUGGGGGGAGCCGUGACUGUCUGGUGUCUGGGGCAGCACCGGGGCAUGCGGUUCGUGCUGAAUAAAGAGCGACGCCAUUUCCCACCUGUGGAUUCGGACGGGUCUGAGGCUGUGUUUUCCAUCAGCAAUGUGAGCCGGGAGCAGAGCGGGAGCUACAGCUGCUAUUAUCACAGCAGAUCGGAGCCGUUUGCCGUGUCGUACCCCAGCGACCCCGUGGAGCUGGUUGUGAGAGGUGAGAGGCCCGGCUUGAAUUUCCUGCUGCCUGCGCCCUGCGGUGUCCCAGCCCCUUGGGCGCUGCCUGGGAUGGGGGGACUGAGGGGGAGGGAACAGACCAGCUGCUCCUGGCACUUACGGCUCUGCUGUUUCCCAGGCGGAUCGGAACCGCCGGCACCUCUGGGUCUGACCAGCCCCAUCAUCAUCGGGGUGAGUGUGGUAGCCGCUGCCCUCCUCCUCCUCCUCGUGGCCUUCGUCUGCUUCAGAAAAACCCGAGCCAGAAAAGGAUCCACACCAAGACCGAGCAGUACCAGCCCCUCGGGGAUGUUGGAGGCCCCGGCUCACCAAGACCCCAUCUACUCCUCCAUGGACGAAAGGAAACAGCCGCCAACCCUGGAGCCUGACCCCGGCACCGAUGGACUCACCUACGUCGAGCUGGACGACCAGGCACUACAGGCCAAGCGGGGGGGCCUGGCCCGUGCCCCUGAGCCUGCCCAGCACAGCGUGUACGCCGUGAUCAACGUGAGCCAGGGGACCCCACAGUGAGAGUCCCCCGCAGCCAUGGGGCACCAGCCCCAAGGGGGCGACAGACUCACAGACUUUAAGGCCAGAAGGGUCCAUUGCGAUCAUCUGGUCUGAGCUGCUGCACAUCGCAGGCCACAGAGCCUCACCCACCCACUCCUGUAGCAGACCCCAGCCUCCGGCUGAGUCACUGACGGCUUCAAAUCAUGGGUUAAAGACGUCAAGUUUCAGAGAAUCCACCAGUGACACAAAUUUAAACCUGCCAGUGCCCCGCGCCCCAGGCUGCAGAUGAAGUUGAAACCCCCCAGGUUCUCUGCCAAUCUGACCUGGGGGUGGGGUGGGGAUUCCUUCCUAACCCCAGAUACGGCGACCAGUCAGACACUGAGCAUGUGGGCAAGACCCACCCGCCAGACACCUCUGUAGUAACUCAGAGCCCUCCCCAGUGAGUGUCCCGUCUCCGGCCAUUAGAGAGAUUUGCUUCUAGUAGUCGCGGAUCGGCUCCAUGCCGUUGUGGGAUAUCUCCUCAUCCCGUCUCUCCAGAAACGUCUCAAGCUCAGUCUUGAAGCCAGUUAUGUCCUUUGGGAGGCUGCUCCAGAACUUCGCUCCUCUGACGGUUGGGCCUUGUCUACACUACAGAGUGUUGUCGGCAAAAAGCGCCAUGAUAACAUCGCUAUUGCACGUUCACACUGCGCUUCCUCUGCCGGCAGAGCGCGUCCACGUUUGGUGCUCCAGCGUUGACAGUGAGAGCAGUGCAUUGUGGGUAGCUAUCCCACCAUGCUACUUGGCACCUUCUGCAGCUAGGGCUUGUGGGAAGGCGGGUGGAUCACAGCGCAUCAUCGGGGUGGGGCUCAGUGUCCCAUGGUGCGGCUCUCCACUGCUGUGAACGCAGCGCGGCUGGCCAGGCAGUAUGUCAUGAGCUCCCAGUCUGAACAGGAACCAGAGUUGCCCGAGCUGCUCUGUGCCAUGGAAAGAAACAACAUCAGCUUCCUCCUGGCAUUCACGGAGCGGCUGCACACGGCGGAGCGUCGCUUUGGGGCUCGGGAAACAAGCGCUGAGUGGUGGGAUCAUAUUGUUAUGCAAGUCUGGGAUAGGUGACAUGUGUGGGGGGCACGUGGGGUCAAAUGCCCCCCACAGAUUUCUGCCAGGGUGCGAGUUGGCAUGUGCGUGGGAAAGGCACCAGCAGCGAGCGCUCCCGCUGAGACCCGCUAGGUGUUGCCCAGAGCUGGGAAAUGAGACCGGGCUGGCAGCGCAGCUCUCUGCGAGAGAGGGCACGGGGAAGCCGGCUGAGUCCCAUCCCUUCCUCGCCUUGGAGCAGCAUGGCCCCCGUGAGAAUUUCAUGGGUGACACAGGUCUGGUGAACUAAGUAUUAAGCCAGCAGGGAAAUGUAUGUACCUGCUCGAGUGUGGGUCUGGACUAGCCUGCCUGGGUACGCAGAAAGGAGCUCAGGGAGUCAAGGCAAGCGGGGGCCAGGGGUGAUAUGGAGGGUGGGGGGCUGGGGGAGGCAGCAGGGGCCAAGGCUCCAAAAUACAAGUUCACAUAGGGCGCCAUUUCCCCUAAGGACAACCCCGACAGGACCGGCCUUAAGUUUGGGCGAGGUGUGUGACCGCCCAGGCGCUGUGGUCACAAGGGUGUUGCUGGAGGGGCCUUGGCAGUCACCAGGAAGCUGACCGUGGUGGUGGUGGUGGGGGGAGCCCAUCAUUGCGCCCCCCCGUCCCCACUAUCUGCAGUUACCAGUCGCCCGGUCUGGGAUGAUGAGCUGCGGCUACAGAACGUUCGGAUGCAGGAAGCCCCCUCCCUGGACCUGUGUGCAGAGCUCGCCCCAGCCCUGCGGCGCAAGGACACCCAAAUGAGAGCAGCCUCUCGCGGAGAAGUGCCCGGUGAUCGCUGUGUGGACGCUGGUGACUUCAGGCUGCUCCUGGCCAAUCGUGAAUCCGCUGGAAGUGGGGAAGUCGAUGGCGGGUGCCGCGUUAACACUAGCGCGUGGAGUCGUUAAUCACAUCUCGCUACGAAGGACCGUGACCCUUGGCAAUGUGCGUGAAAUAGCGGAGGGGCUUUGCGCAGUGGGAUUCCCUAACUGCAGCGGGGCGAUAGAGGCAACGCAGGUUCCAGUUUUUGCCCCGGACCAUCUUGCGACGGACACAUCAGUAGGAAGGGCACUUCUCCAGGGUGUUGCAGGCACUUGGGGAUCACCGUGGGCGUUUCACUGACCCAAGCGCGGGGUGCUCCGGGAAGGGGCAUGACGCUCACAUCGUCAGGAACACCGGCCUGGACAGAGAGCUGCAAACAGGGACUUCCUUUCUGCACCACAAGAUUCCAGUGGGGGAUGUUGAAAUGCCCAGAGUGAUCCUGGGACACCCGGUGUAGCCCCUGCUCCCGGGGCUCAUGAAACCAAACGUGGGAACCCUGGAGAGCACCAAGGAGCCCUUCAAACCCAGGUUGAGCAGGUGCAGAACGACCGCGGGGGGAACCAGCCCAACCCAGCCUGGAACAGCGCCAGCCAGGCCGGGUACCAGGAGGGGGGGCUCACCAUAGAACCAGCCCUGGAAACAGGCUCAUGGUGCCCAAGGAGCCA